AUGUCCAGACCCCUAGAAGGCAAAUUCGGCAUCGUCACCGGCGGUUCGCGGGGAAUCGGCGAAGCGAUCGCGCGCAACCUCGCCUCAAAAGGCUGCUCCCUACUACUCAACUACACGUCCGCGAGCUCCCAAUCGCGGACCGAGAACCUCUGCACGGAGCUCGCAAGCCAACACUCCAUAAAAUGCGUCUGUGUGCAGGCCGACCUGUUCCACACCGAAGAAGCAACCGCCACGAUCCUCCAGGCCGCUAAGGACAACUUCACGACGGGGGGCUCCCUCCAAGUCGACAUCCUAAUCAACAACGCGGGCGUGAGCAAGGACCGCUUCCUCAACGACGAGGAGAAGGGCCCCAUGGACCGCGAGUACUUCAACUGGCAUUACACCAUCAACGUGCUGGCUCCGCUGCUGCUGACGCAGGCGGUGGCGCCGUUCUUGCCUACGGAUCGCAGCGGGCGCAUUGUCAAUAUCUCCAGCGUGUCGAGUAGCAUCGGGUUCACGGGCCAGACGGUGUAUGGGGGCACGAAGGCGGCGUUGGAGGCGAUGACGCGCACUUGGGCGAGGGAGUUGGCGGAUCGGGCGACAGUCAAUGCGGUGAACCCGGGGCCGGUGAUUGGGGAUAUGUAUUUUGCUACUGGGGAGGCGUUUUGGCAGCAGAUGCAAGGGUUUAUGGAUAAUACGCCGUUGAGUAAGGUGGUGGAGGGCGAUGAGAAGAUGAACAGCUUGACAGAUGAGCAGCGGUAUCUGAUUAGGGAGAAGAUGGGCGGUAGACGGCCGGCCUUUACUAGUGAGAUUGCGGGGGUAGUGGGGAUGUUGUGUACGCAGGAUGGGCUGUGGUGUACGGGGAGUGUGGUGUGUGCCAAUGGGGGCAUGAAAAUGGGUCUCUGA